AUGACCGCAGGCCUGAGUCCCGCGUCCGUCGCCGCCCUCCAAAACCUCAAAGCCUACACCCCCCCAGCACCCAGCGUAUACGCAUCGCUCCCGCACCCCCGCCGCGCCGCCGUGCUCCUCCUCCUCUUCGCCGACGCGGCCGGCUCCCUGCGCGUGCUGCUGACGCGGCGCGCCGCCGGCAUGCGCACCUAUGGCGGACAUGCUGCGCUGCCGGGGGGACGGGCGGACGAGGGCGAGACUGGGCCUUGGGUUACGGCGAGGAGGGAGGCGUGGGAGGAGGUGGGGCUGCCGCUGGAUAGUGGUGGUGAUGAUGGUGGUGAGAGUGACCCGGGAGCCAGCCGUCGUGGGAAGGAUGGUGGUAGGAAGGGAAGCCGCCUCCCCAGGCCCUGGCGCGUCGUCCACCUCUGCGAGAUGCCAACCUACCUCGCGCGCACCGAGCUGGCCGUAAAGCCAUGCGUCGCAGUGCUAGUCGCGGACCGCACCACCACCACCUCCUCCUCCUCCUCAAACCCAACUUCAACACAACACCCUCCCCAACCCCCCCUCCCAACAGCAGAAGACGUCCUCCUCCCCCGCCUCAGCGCCCACGAAGUCUCGGCCGUCUUUUCCGCGCCGCUGCACGCGUUCCUGCGCGCUGAUGGGCGGGGGAUCACGAAUGCCACAGACACCACCACCACCACCACCAGUACAGAAACCGAGAAAGGAGGGGGGAGAGAGGGAGAAGGUGCACUGCCGCCCUGGUAUCGCGGCGAGUGGACCACCUGGCGCGGCAUGCGCUGGCGCACCCACAGCUUCUUUGUGCCGCGGCGCGGGCAGAGGGUUGUGUACCAGCACGCGGCACAAACCCCUCGCUCGUCCUCCUCCCCCUCGUCCUCUUCCUCUUCCUCUUCCUCGUCGUCCUCGUCAUCCUCCACCCCACCCCAACCCCACGACACCCAAGCCCCCCGCCCCGCCCGCAUCCCCCCCUCCGCAGCCGACCAAGCCCGCGCCGCGCGCGCGUUGCCUUCUUCUUCCUCUUCAUCAACUUCCACAAACCCCUCCCCCACAACACCCUCCCAAUUGGAAGAAGAAGAAGAAGGCCAAGAGACAGGCUUCCUCGUCUUCGGCCUAACCGCACGCAUCCUGCUCGACGCGGCACGCAUCGCGUAUGCCGGGACCUCGCCGGACUUUGAGCACGAGGGGCGGGUUGGGGACGAGGGCGCUGUGAGGGGGGUUUUGCUUGGGACUGCUUCUGCCGAUAGGCAGGAGCUGCAGGAGCUGCAGGGCAGGAGGGGGAGGGGGAGGCUGUGA